AUGGCGCCGACCUCGACCCGUUCGAUUCAGAAAGAUAGCAUGUAAUUAUGUUUUGUCAACAUGUGAGUAGAUUACGGCAGCGUUUUGCUGCCAGAUAGCUUUGACAGUAAUGACAGUUGAACACCCAUCAACCGCUAAUAAGGUUAUUGUUAAUACUGAUGAGCUAAAUCAGAUUGUAGAGGCCACGGGUGCUUCCUAUGAUCAAGCCAAUCAAGCCUACAUUGCCAGUGGCAAUGACCUUCAAAGAGCAAUAGCAAUGUUGACAGACACUCAGAAUCCUAAUGCCUCAUUGAAGGGUGUUGCAAACCAAACAGGAACAGGAACACAGACCUUUAUAGGACCGCAAAAUGCUCCUGGCAGACCACAAACUGAUGUAAUUGACCUAACGAAAGAGACAGAAGACUUGGAAUAUGCAAUUGCUCUUAGUUUACGAGAGGCACAGGGUAUAACUGUAGAAGAACAAGAUAUAAGCAGGGUUUUAGAAGCCAGUUUAGCAGAAAAUAAAUCUGGUCUAAAGCGGAAGAGAGGUGAUCCUUGGGUGAGGUUUGUGGAUCCUGUGAAUCCUUAUGAGCGUCAGCGCUUAGAUGGGUGCCCUGUGGGCCUGAAGAAUGUAGGGAACACAUGCUGGUUUAGUGCUGUCAUUCAGUCAUUAUUUCAUCUUCCUGUUUUCCGACGACUGGUUCUCAACUAUACUCCUCCACUGGAUCCUCAGGAAAAACCUGAGGAUGGUUAUCGUGUGUCUUUCAUGACAGAGCUGCGAUUCUUAUUUGCCUUAAUGCUUGGUAGUAAAAGAAAAUAUGUGGAUCCAACCAAAGCUGUACAGAUAUUAAAGGAAGCUCUGAAGUAUAAUGGGAGUGAAAGUAAUCCUGGAAACCAACAGGAUGUCAGUGAAUUCACUCAUAAGUUGCUGGAAUGGCUGGAAGACUCAUUUAAAGUCAACCACAACAACGGCAUUGACGGCAGUCCAAUUAGGAACGGCAAAGACCUAAAUCCUGUGGUCGAAUUGUUUUUUGGCGAGUCUAACGUGGAAGGUGUCUACGAAGGUAAGACCUUCAGCAAGAAGGAAACAUUUGGAGCGUUUCCCCUGCAAGUUCAAGGCUAUGGUGACCUUCAUGACAGCUUAGAAGGAGCUAUGGCUCAAGUAGAGAUUGAACCAGUAGGUCCCGAAGGAUCACAAAAGUCUGGACAGGAGCACUGGUUCACCCGUCUUCCAGUUGUACUCAAGUUCAUGCUCUCUAGAUUCCUGUUCAAUCAAUCCACAGGCAGAGCAGAAAAAAUACAUGAGAGAUUUUUGUUCGACCGAGUUAUCUUCAUGGACCGGUACAUGGAGCCUAACAAGGAAAUAACGAGAACGUACAGAGAAGAGGUGAAGAAAUUAAAAGAACGAAGAGCCAAGCUUAAAGGCAGCCUUGAAAAGUACCUUAAGUACGGUCAAGGUUCCAGACGUUGUCCUAUCCAAGAAGUUCUAGACAGUGCUCUAUCGUUCGUUCAAAGCACUCCUCCAUCAAGCGAUGAACUCGAUUCUGAUGUAGAUGUAGAUAUGAAAACUCCUCUGUCAGGCUCACCCACACCCAUGAGCACCAUGGGAAUGGUGACAGAUGCACACUCACCUACCCCUUCUCCGUGCCCUUUGUCCGAUGUACGGUGGACCCCAGCGCCUCGUCACGUAACAGAAACGGAAGUGGCUGUGCUGGAGGGCUGCCUAAGGCGGUGGAAGCAAGAGAUGGAACAGGAUGCUAAAGAUCUAAACUCCCACCUUCGAGAAACCGAAGACGCCAUUUCCAAUAUUUAUGACGAUGCACAUCUUAAGAAAUUACCGUACCGUCUUCACGCAGUCCUUGUCCACGAAGGUCAAGCUUCAGGCGGCCAUUACUGGGCAUACAUUCAAGAUCCCAGUCAACAGAGAUGGUGUAAGUUCAACGACAUCACAGUCAGUGAAGUCACGUGGGAAGAGGUAUCUCGUGAGUCUCUGGGUAGCUAUCGUAACGUGAGUGCGUACUGCCUCAUGUAUAUUGACGCUCGUCGCGAAGGUUGCAUUGGCGCCGGUGGUAGUAUACAUGAGUUGCCAUUGGACUUGAAGGAGCUUGUUGAUAAAGAUAACGCUGAGUUUGAAAACGAGAUGAGAGAUUGGGACGAGAAACAACUCGCGAAGACGGAAAAUCAAUGUAAAGCGAUAGUUCCCAGACCAGACGUUGUUAUUGAAUCUGAGUCCAGUACGCAGACACACGAUACACCAGAAAAUGAAGAGACCUCCGAUCUGAACUCACUGGCCGAGGCUGCAAGGAGCCUGGGCGUAGAGGAAGCACUGACAAAGUGGUGCAUUGAACAAAGGACCAAUCUGGAGAAGAUCUCGCGAGAGUACUCACCAGACCACCCUGGAGAUGUGCGCCUAGAGCAUUUUGCAAUUUAUUUAAUGAAGUGUAAAGCUCAAGAAAAGACAAUCAGUUUGGCCAUACUGGAACAAGUUGUGGAUGAUAUCAAGACACAGGAGGAGGAUACGCUCCUUCUGGUGAAACAGUGGGGACACAACAGAUUGAAUGCAGAAAGAGAAGGAACAAAUAUUGAAUUCCAGGGUUGGAAAGAGAAAUACAGCCAAUUCCAAAAAGUGAAUUCUUGUUUCCUGACGGGUCUUGAGCAUUUACACAAUUCGAAAUUUCGUGAAGCAUUACCCUAUUUGGUACACGCGUGUACACUGAAUUCCAAGCUUUUCAACCCAGACUUGCCCGGCCAAGCCAUGGACGAGAAACUGCUGGCUCACUACCGGCGCGUUUGCUUUCUCCGUUUGAAUGAGUUGGCAGUAGGGAUGUUUGAGGGUAACGAUUGGAAAUCGGUAUGCGCGGGUCUGGAGCUAGUCAGCGAACUGGUGGUGCCAUGUAUACCUCGACUCAUUGCGUCACAGGAGGCCGACGAUGCCGCCGCUGUGGAACAGGUCAGAAGCUGCUGGUGUAACUUCUUGGGAUUACCUCUUGAUGAUCGCCAUCGUGUCAAACUUGAAGAAUACCUUCCAAAGCUUCUUGAUGUCACAAGUGAAUCUUGCUCUGAAAUCAAAGCACCGCCAAUUAUACGACCAUCAAGCUCACGCGACCUCUGCGAUAGAUUUUUCCGGGCGAUGGAACUGGUACACGCUAAUCCCACUGCUUUUACGACGUAACGAAGCCGCGCCGAACACGAACCGAAACUCUGGGAGACCUUUCCUUCUUCACCAAAGCACAUCGCCUACUUUCUCCUCUUUUCGAGCCAAAAAAAAAAUACAAUUAACAUUUCCGUCCAUUUCUCUCAAUGAAACACGACGAUAGCAUGGUACAAAGUUUCAAUUCUUCAAA